AUGGCGAACUUUUACAACAAAGUGAAAAGUCUGGUCAGCCCUUGGAAAGCUAUCGAUACCCUCGACUCACAACCGCGAGCUACAGGCCCGCCUCUCAAGAAACAAAAGACUGGGUCCGAAGAUGGCCGCUCAGUUACGGCUGCAAACGAAUACUCGAAGAGCCAUUUCGCCUUUUUCCCGGAAUCUAUCGAAGAUGCUGGAUCAGAUCAUGCUACACGGACGGACCGUACGGGAAGUCAUGGUAGCCUGACGGGUGUUAUCGAAUUUCAAAAUGUCCAGGGUCUGGGAUUGAGGGACGGCAAACCCCGUUCUGACAGGCGUCGUCGCUCCCGCGCGGGAAGCCAAUCCCCUCGGUCAGCUCAAAGAUACGGGCGAAGUAUUGAGCCCGGAAGAGACGACAUUGACAAUUCGGACCGGGACGAACUUGCGGAGAAGAGCCCGUAUGUCUCGAGCGGCCCUAUUCUCCGACUAGUCAACUCAGCAACGAACAUCGUGGAUGCAGCUGAUGCUGCAAUUCUAGGCAGCCCUCGGAAACGAUCAAUAGAGCUCCUGAGACCAGUCAAGCGUCCGCUACAUCAUGUUGAUGGCGAAGAGGAUGAGCUGGCCCUUGAAUCGCCCACCAAUCCCCGCGCCCUUAGGCGAGCCGCUUCAAGCUCGACCAACAAGGGGAGCACUCAAGCGACAAAACGAAACAACUCUCAUGACCCUGUUCCAAAAGCGCAGUUUCACCGCCUAUACAGUGCCCUCUGUCUGCCAAAUCACAGAUAUAUACAGAAAGGACCCCAGGGAUGGUGCUUUCUUGGCGAGUUUACCAAUGGCGCCAAGCAGUUACAGCUAUGUGCUUGUUCGGGAGAAGGGGAUUUAUUGCCUGAGUUGGACUGGCUCAAAAUCACCAAGAGUGUUAACACAAUCCAUCACAAUGCCGAGUCCUCUUAUGUCAAGAUUCGCCAGUCAAAGACAGGCAACGUGGGGGGUCAAAUGGUGCUCCAAUUCUUUAACACAAAGGAAGCCCAAAACUUCGUGCAAUGGGUGAAGACAAACUUGAGCGCGAACGUCAUAGAAAUGAACAGUGCGACACUUCAAAAAACGUAUGAAAAUCUCAUGACCGAGCUCCAAAAGGCCAUAUCGGGAAGCCCGUCACCGCUUGCAAAUUCAAGAGUCACGCGGACCACAUCAGCUCUCGAUGUGGAAGGAUCGAGGAAUAUGGCCUUGGAACCGGCUGGCCUCAUAGCGCAGGCAACCGCAGGGUCUCCUACAGCAUCAACACGCCGCCGACCCCGUCUUGUGGACACAAUGCUGUCUUCACAGCGAGCCCUCAGCAAUCAGUACGAGCAACGGUCAUUCGAGGUUGAUGCUCCGGUUCAGCGGUCAUCAAGAAGACAAAAUGAUGACACGGUCAUGAUAGAUGCCCCAUCGAUCUCGUCUGCUCCGGUGAGCCGGUGGACAGAAGACCAUCCUGAAUGGUCCAAGAAUUGGCGGAUGCCCUUAGUCUACCACCGGACGUCGGUAGACAAAGAUGACAUUCCACGACUGGAUGAAGGCCAGUGUUUGAAUGACAACUUGCUAGGGUUUGGGUUACGCUAUUUGUUUGAAGAAUACCCAGGGAGGCAUAACGAACUGAAAAAAAGGGUAUACGUGCACAACACCUUCUUUUAUGAGAAGCUCAAGCCUGCCAAGUCCAAGGAUAUCAACUACGAUGGCGUCAAAGGAUGGACAUCGAAGGUGGACCUACUUUCUUACGACUACAUCAUUGUCCCGGUCAAUGAGUACUAUCACUGGUGGGUGGCCAUCAUCUGUAACCCCGGCAGAUUGGACCCAAACCACCCGCGGCGUUCUACGAACUCAAGCAGUAGUGGCACAGAGACCAGCGAUAGCAACUCCAUUGAGGGCAAAUUGGAUGGCAACAUCGAGAAGUCAGACGAUGUUGAAAUGAUAGACAUCGAUAAUGAACAGGCUACAGACCACGGGCAGGAGAUCAAAGCUCAAGAAUCUUGCGUGUCUGUUGACCGAAUCGAAACCGACAGCAACAAGGCGGACAGGACGGGACAAGAUGUGGUGGACUUGGUAGCCGACGACACAGACCAUGACCUCAGGGAAAGGCUUAAAGGGAUAACCAAGCUCCCGAAAAAGGACCCCUCGGAAGAAACGAAGAUCCUUACCCUGGACUCCAUGGGGAACAGCCAUUACCCAGCGGUGCAAGCGCUCAAGAAGUAUCUUCUGGCAGAAUUCGAGGAUAAAAAGCAAACGAAGAUUAAGGAUCUUCCAAAACAAAUUGGAAUCAAGGCGACCAACAUCCCGGAGCAAAACAACUUCUCGGAUUGUGGUGUAUAUCUGCUUGGGUAUAUUCAAGAGUUCGUCAAAGACCCAGACCGGUUCGCUCACUGCCUGAUGCAGAGAGAAAAACCUGGAUGGGAGUUUGACCCUUCCGAACUUCGGGAGUAUUGGCGGAACACCAUAUUCGAAAAGCAAAAGGAACAUCAGGCGAAGUAUGAUGAGGAGAAGAAGAGAAAGAAGGAGGAAGCUGCUAGACGCAAGGCUGCUAGCUCAACUCCAUCCGACGCAGUGAUGAGUGCUACAGAGAGCCAGACUUCGGGACGCACUGGUUUGUCCCAUGAUCCGGCAACCGACAACGUUUCUUCCGCACCUCAAUUUGUUAGACCGCCAGUCGUUUCUCGGAACACCAACCCGAACAUACCUGCUCCUGCUCCAAAGCCGACAACUGCUCUCAGGUCACCAUUAUCGUACGGGGCCUCUUCAGCGACCGGAACAGUGACUAACACUGCUGCUGUGGCUGCCGAGAGAGGUGGUGGCUCAAAGGGGAAUAUGUCAGAUUCGCUCGAACCUAUCCCACGGCCGCCUACUCGGCCCCAGAAAGCCGCCGACAACGUUGUUGUUGAUCUGGAACGGGACGAAUCCGAACCAAAGGACAAGGUCUCUCACCUUUCGCCAGACAGUCCUUUGCCUGGCGAGAUCCGUCGUUCUAGAAACAAGGAGUACGAGCACUCUCCAAAACAGCGUGCCUCUUCGCGGACUCCUAGGCAGAGCCCCGAAGUCAAAUUCAUACCAAAGCUGCCCGACUCUUCUCCGGCCUCUGACAGGCGGACUUCGGGUAUUGCUCAGGAGAUAAGCCCGCAGACGUUCUACUCCAACGCCCCGCAGAGACCACAGUCACCAAAGCUACUGUCGCUAAAGUCACAGUCGCCGAGGCCGCAAUCACCUUUGGUCGAACGGAAGCGGAAAUCGUCACCAGUGCGCAAGGCAAAGGCAUCACCACCCGCACGUAAGACGGCGCCUUCACCUGAGCCUGCAGCGCAACCCCUCGAAUCGAUCGAGAUUUUUGAUCCCCCUACUCCUGAAGUUCAAAGACCGUCGACGACUAGCAGCAAAGUCAAAGCCGAGGAGAAGGACAACAACCACGUAAACCACGUAAAUAAAACUACCUACAAAAAAAGCGAUAAACAUACUCGCCAGAAGUCCAAAAUACCUCGGAGAGUUGUGGACCAUACUGAUAGAAGCGGAAGUGGAAGCGGGAAGGGUGGCCGUGUAGAACAACAACAGCAACAUCAUCAGCGACAGCCACGUCCCAGCAAGCCCAAGGAAACGGCCGAGACCAAGUCUGAGGAGAUCCCCGAUUCACCCCCUCCGGCGAUGGUCGUGUCUGACAUCCCUGCGGUGCAAAGCGCGGAGAUGACUCCUAUUGACUUGACUGAUGAAAACUGA